CCCUAACAACACAUGACGUCCACGGGAACUUCCCGUUUGCUUCCUGACUGGAAACAGCCCAGGUGGAUUCCCUAUACUGGAAAAUAUAUAUAUAAUCCUAAUCACUUUUAAUUGGAACUACAUUGGACGUCCACAGACCGUUCGAAAUAUAAUAACAUUUUACAUCUAAAUAUAAUAAUUUCAUUAUUGUACUGCUGCAGCAGGCUGCAGGCUGAUGUUAUAAAUUUUGCGUUUAUACUGUUAUCAAUGAAUUAUAUAAUAAUACCUAUUAUAAUAAAAUAUAUAUUGUUAGUACCCUGAAUUCGACCGUGGCUCGUACGUCGUCUGACAGUGUCGUAAUUUCGAAUAGUUUUCUAUUAAUACAAUAAACACGGUUACCCCGCGAUCCGUGGUUAGUCGUCAAUGGAAGACGCGUUAUUCAUAUUACGAUGAUAAUAUUUCCCUCACUUCACACGCCACCACAACAAAAAUAUUACUUAGUUAAUAGUUAUUACCAAGUUUAUAUAAUAUAUUUAUUAGCCGGUGCAUCGUGAUCGCCAUAGCACAACAAAAUUAUUAUAAACUAAGCAAGACUUUAUAAUAAUAGGACAGUGAACUAGUGAAGUAUUAAAAUGGACAAUUUAAGGCUUUUAGGUUCUUUGCCUGAACAUACUGCCUCCGUUCUUCCCACUUUGUUUUGUGGUUUCUUCUGCAUUUCUUACUCCCAUGAGAGGUCACCCUCUGGGUAUCUUUGUGUUAAGUUUAGCUGAAGUGAAGGUAAAGGUUCAAAAACUGUUGUUGAAUCAAAAUACCAUUCUAAACAAGUUGGAAAAAUUACUAACAAAUUAUCGUUCAGUUGAUAACUGCCUACAGAAUAUUACAUCAACACAAAUUGAUGAAUUUGAAAUACACUUCAAUGACAAUUUUCCUUUAAAAGAAUUAACACAAUUUAAUCAUAUUAAUGACAUUUUAAACAAUAAGGCAUACUACAGUCUUAUGAAAAAGAAACUAUCAAUGUAUGGUGGAUCAAGCAUUAAUGAUGUUACACGUCAUAUUCUUAUAAAACUUUUGAGCAAUGAAAUAUCAAGAUUUAUUACACUUACUGGUCAUAAAGGAAAAAAAACAUGUUUUGCCAGUACAAACUAUUUUAAAGUAUUACUAGAUGUUGUCAGAGUCUUUUAUGAAUCAGCCACUGAGAAUCAUGUCAAACCUGCGAUUCAAAGCUGGUUUAAACAUGCACCUGACCGUUUAACUACUACACAGUACAAAAACAAUGUAUCCCCCAACAUGUAGCAACAUCAAUGCAUUGAUUAAAAUACAUAAUUCAACUACCAGCUGGUAUAAUAAGAAUUUAUUAUAUUCUAAACAGCCAUAGAUUUAAUUAUUUUUCAUUUAUUUUUUAUUUAUUGUUGUAAGAAAUUAACUGCUGUAAACUUAGAUGUAUACAUCUAAUAGAUAUCUAUUUAAUGUGUAUUAUCAAAUAUUAUAUAAAAUGUAAUAAAGUGAAGAUUUAAUAAAAACAAAAUAGU